AUGCCAGAGCCCCGCGGCCCACUCAAGCGCCGCCGUCCGACACAGGAGCCCGGCGGCCGACUCAGGCGUCGACACAGCCCCUCCGCGGCCGACACAGAAGCCCUGCGGCCGACACAGACAUGCCAGUUUCGACACACAGACCUUACUUUGCUAAGUCAGCGCUGGGAUCUUUUUCCAUCUUUAAGUGGCAGCCCUGCGCGAGCCGCCCCGCGGUCCGACACAGAAGCCCCGCGGCCGACUCAAGUGCCGCCGUCCGACACAGCCCCUCCGCGGCCGACGACCGCCACGGCACUUGGCGCCGGCCGACACGGCACUUGGCGCGACACGGCACUUGGCGCCGGCCGACUCGCACACCCAGCCGCGGCCGACACGCCCACCCCGCCGGCCGACUCACCGCGGCCGACACAGACCUUGUCCCGGGACGCUGUGGCAGGACGGCGUGAUCACAGCAUUAAAAACGACCAGGUCAGACAUUUGAAGCCUCAGUUCUUACGAACUGCGGGCAAUCCAGAUUGCAGUUCGACAUCUUUUCAAUCUGGUGGCCAGGGGAGCUACUAUGGCGACUUGUGUACGCUGGUUGCAUUGUUGGAAGUUGAGCCUAUUCAAAUGUUGGGUUCAACCUUCACGAAUCUUCAAGAUACUUUCCAAUCCUUUUGA